CGAUCGACUAAACAUGCUUGAAAAUGAGAGCAUCAACACAGGCAAUAAUCAACUAGCAUCAAUAGUAAUUCAUUUCAUAAGAAACUGUCUCUUUGAGCGACAGGCUGAAGUGAUAGCUGUUGUGUGUAAAUUCUUCCGUACAAAAUUGGUUAUUUGACGGGAAAUAUGGGGGUGCAGAUGGAAGAGACUUCUCAAAUUUCUUCUUCAAAUUAUACGAAUUCGGAAAGUAUGGGUGAAGCAGCGAUAAUUAUGAUCGCCAUAGGAUCAAUGUUGAUUUUACUUUGUGCAGCUACUAUCAUAUACGGACUUCGACGUCGAAGGCAUGUUGUUGGAGGACCCAAUAUUUCUACGGCCGAAUCUCUGCGCAGCCCAACGGAUUACAUGAAUAGUUUAGCCACCUGGGAUCGAUGUCAAUCUAUUGAUGACGUAUUUGAAAAGAAAAGGCGAUCUGUUUGGACCCUAGACAUUUUUGACAACCUCACCUCCAAUGGAACAAAAAGCAACGUAAAGACAAGUUUUGCCACAUGAAAGAUCCCUAUGACUUAAACUGGACAUUCCACCUUGAGUACUACCAGAACAAAGCCCUUUGGUGCUCUUGAAGCUGUUACCUCUGAUUGAGAUACAUCCUUUUCAAGCUACUUAACACUUUUAGUGCUCAUUUUUUUCAUCCACCAUAGAUCACAAAGAAAUUUAAUCUAACAUGACUGAUUAUUUGUUCCCAUUCAUUGAUCAUAUGUAUUAAGAUAGGACUAUAAUUAGUUUCUCCUUUUAACAAAUUUGUAAAUAGUUUUAUUUAAAAUUUUUAAAAGUUCAAACAUUGUAUUCUUGAGAUUAGUUAGUCAUAAUUUGCUAAGCAAGAUUUAUGGAACGUCUUCUCUAUAAAUUUUUUAUAAACAUUAAAAAUUUUUAGUGCUUUUGAAUUUCAUUCUCUUCCAAAUUCGACAGUUAAUUCUAUUCUUGAGAUUAGUUAGUCACAAUUUACGAAACGAAAUUUGUGGAUUAAGUUCUCUAUAAUUUUUUUAAAAACAAAAAUUUGUAAUACUUUUUUGUGAACUUUUCUCACUUUUUCUUUAACUUUAUAAGUCCAAUUUAUUCUAUUAUUGAGAUUAGACAUAAUUUACUAAGACUCAUGGAAUGCAUUCUCUAAUUUUUUCAAUAACUUUUAAUAAUUCUUAACAAUAUGUACAAAGCAUAUCCCACUUUAAAUUUCCAAUUAUGACAAUUUAUUGCAUUCUUGGGAUUAGUUAUAAUUUUCUGAGCAAGAUUUAUGUAACUAGUUUUUUAGCAUUUUAAAAAAAAAAAAUUAUAACUUUUAAUAAUAACUGAACUAAUUGAUCUGAGUAUAUACUGCUUUAUAUUCUUAAAAUAAAGCAACAGUUCCUUGUAUUCUUAUGAUGAUUAAGAUUUGCUGUGCAAGAUUUUUUUAAACAACUUCUCCAUGAUUUAAAUAAAUUUAAUACUUAUGAACUACUUUCAAAUUCUAUUCCGUCUUGUAUACAAUUAAAUUUUAAAACUAUUUAUUAAAAAUGACUAAUUGCCAAAUGUUAUUUAAUAAUGAGCACAAUAUUAACACUUUUUAAAUGAAAAGUUGAGCUUUAAAAAUAUACUUAAUGUCUCAAAUUUCCCCUUUUGUAUAUACUUAAUUUUUAAACACUAUUUGUAUUGAUGUCUGUCUGAUUAUUUGUUUCAUUAUAAAUUAUGCGACUUUAAUAAAUUAACCAAAGAAAAAAUUCUAUUAAUUAAAGAUUUAUAUUUAUUGUAAUUUGUGAAAUAUAAAAUCAUAGUGUAUAUACAUAUUUUAUCUAUGCAAAUGUUAUUGCUCAAACAAAUGAGCUAUAAAUUUAAUCAUCGCUAAUGAAAAACCUAUAGUAUAUUAAUGAAAGCUCUGAUUCUGUGAUGAUGAAUGAUAUUAAUCUUAUCAUUGUUCCUUUCUCUUCAUUAAAUAUAAAAGCAUGUAUUUUUCUCUUCUUUUUUUUUCACUUUCCCUAAUAACCCUUUUUCUAGUAAUUGAUAUAAAUAUAAUGAUGUACUAAUUUGAUUUGUGAAAGAAUGCUGAGAACUUUUCUUCCUAACUUUAUAAUUUGCUGUUUAAAACUAUGAAAUUACUUAAGUAUGAAAAGAUAUUUACUGUACAUAGUUUAUGACUUAAUUGGCCAAAUUUGUUUUUCUUCCAAAUCCAUGUAAUGUGUAUGUCUGAAAUAAAGAUGUGACUAUGAGAUUUCGAAAUAAAUGUUCUAGUUUAGUAA